AUGGCUAUGAGAGGGAGAAGACAUUCCAAGAGAAGCAAGAGAAGACAAUCCAACCCGUCGGAGGAUGAGAUGGUGGUGUUGUUAAUUGGAGGCGAUGCUGAUUACCAUGAGAGGUUAAGUAAACUGAAGCGUCUGGGAGUUCCAGUGUUACUGAUACUGAUAUCUUCAACUGACUCUUGUUCAAAUGAUUAUGACAAGUGGACUUUUCUCGAAUGGAAAGAUCUCCUAAUCCAUGGAGUAGAUACGAAUGGAGAAGAUACGGCCAUGUGGAAGUAUCAAAAUAAAUGGAAGGAAUGCAAGGGCAAGAAAAACGAAAUAUACACAUGUGAAACGGGAGAUAGCUCAUAUGAUGGGGAAUCCGAUGAUAUGUCAGUGGUGAGUUAA